AUGAAGUCAUAUAAACAAGUUAAUUAUUUUCAAAAUUAUAUUAGUUAAUCCUUUAUUUUAAUAUUUUUUAUGCAUUAAUAAAAAUAAUAUAAAAAUUAGAAGUAAUAUCUCUUUAUGAACAACAUUAUAGAAAACUCACUUAACUUUUGGCAAUAAAGACUCAAUAAUUCAUCAUAAACAUAAACAAAUAUUCUUUUAAAGAAUAAAUAAAGAACAAUAGUAGACAGAGUAGUGAUAAGAUCAACUAAAUAUUGGAAAUAAAUUGCUGAUGAAUUUUCAGCUCAAAGUUCUACAAAUAAAUCUGUCUAAAGUUUGUCAUCGUAAUCUCAUAAUUAAUAGAUAUAUGAUUGCUGA